UCGCUCCCCAGCCCGCCCAUGCUCCAUUGGUUGAGCGGAGAAGAUGCCCGCAAAACACAACGGUGGCGUUGGAGCAGCUGGACCACCGAUUCCCAACCGCGGCCACUCUUCCGUUUGCGCAGCCAACCGAUGCACUGUCUCUGCUGUUGUGCCAGGAACCCACCUCCAACCACCGCCGAACCCAAAUUUCUCUACGCCCCCAAUUGUGACACAGAAUCGAAUCAAGGGGAUUUCGUUCCCCUUCACCAAUGUAAUCUGACAGAAUAAUCCUCUCACCUGCGACCGUUGAUACGUCACACUAUAGCUGGGCCCUUCUUCUUUUGUAUUUUCCUGUCUUCAGUCUGAAACUAAUGUAUAUUUAUGUUACUACUAGAGCAGUAGCGCGAGCGUGCGCCCUCCUCUUGACGAGCAGUCGGCGAGCUGGGCCUGCCGGACUGGUUCUGUCGCCUGAACUCAUCCUGAAGUCUGUGGCAUCACGUUCCUGGCUUCAGUUACUCGCUGCCAGCCGUCCCCUCCUCUACACGAUCUUGAAUUACCUGACUACCCGGUGGAUUAAUAUUGCAGGAGCAAUGGCUGUGAAUCCGCUAGACCUCUGGAACCAUUGGGCGAUCCAGAUCCUGGUGCUUUUGAGCCUCGCGCUUCAGGUUGUCCUCCUCCUCCUCGCGGGGAUCCGAAGGGGUGAAGCUUCCCUCGUGCUGAAGCUCCUCCUCUGGCUUGCCUACCUGCUGGCCGACUCGACCGCGAUAUAUACCAUCGGGCACCUGUCCCUCAGCGCCACGGCAGACAGGCACCAACUCGUGGCAUUCUGGGCACCCUUCCUCCUCCUGCACCUCGGUGGCCCGGACAACAUCACGGCGUAUUCGCUCCAGGACAACGAGCUGUGGCUGCGCCACCUCCAGACUCUCACCGUGCAGGUCCUCGGAACUGCUUAUGUGCUCUACAAGCACAUCGCCGGCAAUGGCUCCUUGGUUGUGCUGGCCUCCAUCUUGAUGUUCGCAGUCGGUGUUGUAAAGUAUGGCGAGAGGACAUGGGCGCUCAGGCGUGGCAACACGGAUAGCAUCCGGGGCUCUCUCAAGAAUCAAAGUAUGGGGAGAGGAUAUAAUCACUUUCACCCACAGGAUCGGGGGUUGGACAGAGAAGAAUUCCAGUUGCGGAGAGCUCACACGUCAUUCCAUAUCUGCAAGCGUGCCAUAGUUGAUUCUUCGGUCGACAUUGACUCAGAUGACCAUGAUACCUCCGAGAAGCUUGUGGGGAAACGAGCUAAGUGUAUGUGGUUGUUGAUGGAGAUGGAGCUCUCCCUCAUGUAUGACAUCCUGUAUACCAAGGCGGCAGUCAUUCACACCUGGUAUGGCUACUGCAUCCGGCUCUUCUCACCGCUCGCCGUUGCCGCCUCGCUCCUCUUAUUCUACUUCAGCAGCAAAGAUGGUCAUAGCACAGUUGAUGUUGUGGUCACAUAUGUCUUGCUGGUUGGUGCCUUGCUCCUAGAGACAACAUCUCUUCUGAACGCACUGGGGUCAACGUGGACAUUUGCUUACUUGUGUGCCACGCGCUGUUGCUGGCUUCGACACACCCUCUUGUGCAGUGGAAGGUGGGACCGGCUUCGUCGUGCACUUGUAUCUCUUCGCUUGCUUAUCAGGACAACCACUGGAAGAAGCAGUCGUAGAUCAGCGAGAAGGUGGUCCGGCACAAUGGGGCAAUACAAUAUGCUGCACUUUUGCAGUCUUUGUGAUAAACCGGGUGGACCUCUACUUGGAAGGCUCGCUAAGAUGUUGGGAUUCAAGGAGUUGUGGGACAAAAAGCACUAUUCUGGGAAAACCCAGAUUUCAAAGAGGAUCAAGGACGAGGUGAACAAAUAUAUAGACCAAUUGCCGGAUGGGGAGUCCAAUAAGUUAGGCGUACUUCGGAACAAGUGGAGUCAGAUAGCACUAAAGGAUUAUAAAGAAGCCGAUUACCUUAGUGGCCUUAGCGGGGAUGAGUUCCAGGAGGGCAUAAUCGUCUGGCACAUCGCCACGGACAUUUUCCUCGCCCGCAGUGGGGCCAAAAAUGAACCGGAAGCAGUGGAAGCAGUCAGGGCAAUGUCCAACUACAUGAUGUUUCUCCUCGUGGAGCGCCCAUACAUGCUACCAGGCCUUUCUCAAUAUAAGUUGUACCAGAAAACAUGCGAGUGGUUGGUCAAAAUACGGACAACUCCCCAUCCCAGAAAGGGCUUGUCUACUAUGCUCAAGGAUUUAUUCCGCCUGCGUAACGGCCCCAAUUCUGACUCAAGGUUGAUGCUGCAGAGACAGCCGGAGUUUGUCAUCGGAAUAUUUCACAAGUAUGGACCCUUAGGGUCCGAAUCUCCUCGCCGCGACACUCCUCGUCUUUCUUAUGCAACUUCCAUCGCCGAAACGUUGCUCAAAAUGGAGCCUCAUAUCUCCUCGUUGCAGCGACUCCUUGAGGUUUGGGCAGAUUUUUUGGUCUACGCAGCCAACCGAUGCAGCAGGGAGUACCAUGCCAAGCAGCUCAGCGAUGGUGGUGAGUUGACCACCGUCCUGUGGCUUAUGAUGGAGCACCUUCACCAAGCUUCUCUCUACGCUCCUGGGAGAAGCCACCCAGCAGCCUCACGGCCGUCCCCUUCAUCUUGGUAGGGACGCUUCCUCUGAUCUCGUUGUGCUUAUGGAGUUUCACUGCCAUUGCGGCCGGAUGAACCCAGGAUUAGGCCAGAUGAAUCGAUCAAUCCCAAAUAGUUGUUCCAUCUCACAUCCAUUGAUGUACUUGUGUUUCUUGCUGUAGAACCAACGCUAAGUCCUCUCAGUUCUCAUUUUGCCUCUUGCCAGAAUGUUGUCCGUUGUGUUGCAACAAGAUUAAGUCAUCACACACAUAUAUAGAAUGUGUUAGGCUCUCUGUACGACUGUACCACUUGUUACAU